AUGAUUCCUCCCACCACGGCAAGCCCUUCUAGCGACGCCCUCUUCCCCACGUUGUCGUCUCAGGAACUGUGGAGGUCCCAGGUGGCAGGGUAUGCAGGAUCCGUCACUCGCCACAUCAGCCACCGGGCCAACAACUUCAAGCGGCACCCAAAGAGGAGGAAACACAUCCGGCCUUCCCCUCCCCCGCCACCCAACACCCCUUGCCCCAUCGACCAGGUCCACUUUGGCGAGAUCCACCCGCAAAGGUCCUUCUGGGAACUGUUGUUCAAUGGGUGCAUUCUCUUCGGGAUCGAGUUCAGCUACGCCAUGGAGACCGCCUACGUGACGCCUGUCUUGCUCCAGAUGGGCUUGCCGGAUCAGCUGUACGGAAUGGUCUGGUUCAUCAGCCCAAUAUUGGGUGAGCGCUGGGGCCCCGAUCCUCAGGAAGCGAGCUUAACUGCUCUGGGAACUGGUGGGACUUGGCAAAGCGAACCAUGGCCGGGUUGUGUCCCAACGCUAGUCCUACUCAGUUGACAGUCCAUUGAAGUCAACGGGGGCAGCUAGCUCAGUGCCAUUCAUUCUGAUGGGUCUGCUCUGAGCAGGGCUUGGUUGCAUGGACUUGCGAUGUUCCUAAGGGCAAUCCCCUUCUGCUGGUUCCCAGUCACAGGCUGAACUGGUACAGCCCGACACAGAUUAGCCUUUAUCUGAGACCUCUGUCUUGCUCUCCCUGGUCAGAAAGUGCUGAAUGACACUCUUAUUUCCAACUCUUUUUGGGGGGGGGGGCAAUAUAAUUUUUUAUUGAAAUUUUCAAACAUUUUCACAAUAAACUCUAUACCCAGUAAUUACAUUGUUUCAUAAAUCCCCACUUCCACAGUGUUUCCACUGAAACAUUUUCCACUGUAUUAUAUCUUUAUUACUAAAAGUUUCUCCAUUUACUGUUACCUUGGCAUUUUCCUUCUGCUGCUUUUAUCUCGAAUCCUGCUGAUGAUUUUAUUUGACCAUGGUGGUUUAUUUUUUAUUUUAUUUUAAAAAAAUUGUUCCCAAAAGGCCUCCAUUCUUCUGUGAAAAGUUUGUCAUUUUUAUCUUUAAAUUUUGCUGUCAGCCUUGCCAUUUCUGCAUCUGAAGGCAGCCCUGUUUAGGGAAGUUUUUAAUAUUUGAUGAAUUAUUGUAUUUUAAUCUUUUGUUGGAAGCCGCCCGGAGUGGCUGGGGAAACCCAGCCGGAUGGGCAGGGUAUAAAUAAAUUUAUUAUUAUUAUUAUUAUUAUUAUUAUUAUUAUUAUUAUUAUUAUUAUUAUUUUAGAAGCCAUUCCUCCUUCGUCGGAACCUUCUCUUCUUUUCAUCUCUGUGCAUAUAAUAUUCUAGCUGCGGUUUUUACAUACAUAAAUAGUUUAGUCAUCUUCUUUGGAACUUCUGUCCCUAUUAUACCUGCAAGGAAAGCUUCUGGUCUUUUGGCAAUAACCCAUUUAAACAUUUUCUUCAUUUCAUUAUAUAUCAUUUCCCAAAAGCCUUUAGCUUUCCCCCCUUUUUUUUUUUACAUUUCCACCACAUAUGGGGGAAUGACCCGUCUCCCUUCUUCUCUCUUCCAGGUUUCCUGCUGCAGCCCCUGCUGGGCGCCUGGAGCGACAGGUGCACCUCACCUUUUGGACGGAGGAGACCCUUCAUCCUGGUCCUGGCAAUUGGUAAAUAGAUGCCCUCUUCUCUUCUCAUGCCUUCCAGACCUACCCUUAGAGUGCAUCCGUGUUGUCCUUUUCUUUGCCUCCUUGCCCCCCUGUCCCCCUCAUUCUGGCACCAUGUAAUUCCCAGUCACUGCAUAUCGGAAUUUACUUACACAUAGUUGUAGAUACGUUUCUGUUCUAGGUCAAAACAAGUGGGAACUGCAGCAGAAUGUUGCAGUGCGUGAAGUGCUUUGUGACUAUUCCCCCACUACCCCGGCUGGUAUGUCUCCUUGAACUCUGCUGACUCUUGCUUGCCUGCAUGGGAGACAGAGGGGUGUGUGAGCAUGAGCAGAAACUAAUCUGUUGUACAAAGGUAGAAUCACAGAUUUAUACCUUUGGAAGGGACCCCCAAGGGUAAACUAGUCCAAGUUAUUGCAAUGCAGGAAUCACAGCUAAAGAACCCCGACAGCAGAUGGCCAGCCAACCUCUGAUUAAAAACCUCCAAUGAUGGAGAGACCAGCUCCUUCCAAAGGAGUCCAUUCCACGGUCGAACAUCUCUUAAUGUCAGAAAGUUCUUCCUAAUGUUUAAUCAGAAUCUCAUUUGAAUCCCUUGGUUCAAGUCCUACCCUCCGGAGCAGCAGAAAACAAGCUUGCUCCAUCUUCCACAUGACAGCCCUUUUCAGAUAACUGAAGAUGGCUCUCACAGGUAAUCAUGCAGUUUAAAGUUGGACUUCACUAUUUCUUAGCAAAAACACUAUCUGCACAGACUUGAGUCUUAGGCCUAAUGAAUACAGCAGCUCAUGCCUAGUGUUCUUCCUCCAUGAAAAUCAGUUGCCGAGACUGAAAUUCCCCGCCUUCUCGGGGUUUUCCCCAAGCAAUCGGAGACCGCGCCGGCGUGCAGCCAACCUCUUCUCCUCCCUUUUCAUGCCUCUUCUGGUUCUUAGGAGACCAGCAGGGAAGGGAGCUUGUCACAGCAGGAGGGAGAGACACCUGUGCUUCUUCACCAACCUGAUUCCUCUCUGUCUCUUGGCCUCUCUCCUCUCACUCACCUGCUUCAGCUUCCAAUUCUGGCCUUCUCUCUGCCACAGACUCUCCCCGCUCACAAAGCCCUGUUACCACUUUGGCUUCCAACGCCUCCUCCUCCCAGUCUUCUCCCUUGUCUCCCUCUGACCACCUUCCCUUGUCCCCCCACCAAUCCCUGGGCUCUGAGCCUUCUUCCCUUGGCGGUUCCACAGCUGGUUCCUCCCACCCUUCCUCUGCUACCAACCAGUCCAUGGCAAAGGCUCUUGUGUCACCUCUCAGUCUCUUCUCCAGGCUAAACACACCCAACUCCCUCAACUGCUCUUCAUAAGGCUUGGUUUCCAGACCCAAGGCAACAUUUACAACCGUUGUUCCGUCUGCCACUGACAUGUGACCCUUGGAAAGUUGCCUAGAAGGGAACACAACCAAUCUGUGGCUCAUGAAAAAGUACCAACUUGAACCCGAGCAUUCUUUGCUGUUUUCUGACUGCCUUGAUUUGGUUCCCCUUCCUCCUCAGGGGCAUUGUUGGGCCUUUCGCUGAUGCUGAACGGCAGGGAUAUGGGCACGGCCUUGACCGACACUGUGAGUGACCACAAGUGGGGAAUUGCGUUCACCAUCUGCGGAGUCAUUCUGAUGGACUUCUGUGCCGACUCUGCGGACAACCCCAGCCACGCCUACAUGAUGGACGUGUGCAGCCCGUCGGAUCAGGACCGAGGACUCAACAUGCAUGCGCUGCUAGCUGGUGAGGUUUUCGGCAUAUCGGCAAUGGCAGUGUUGGGCAUUUGCUCAUUUUCAGCAUUUAGACCUGGCCCUCUAGCUGAAAAGACACCCAGAGCGGCUGCUGAGACAGUUCUGCCCCUCGGGUUCACAAACUGAAAUAUCACAGCAAGCAAGGAAAAAGGGAAUGGGAGGGAGGAGGAAAAAGCAAACUGGAGGACAAGCUCUUAAACGUAGUUGGUGAUUUUAGACAUAACACAUAUUAUUCUGCUGUAAAGUGUGAGCCAGUAUAGCGUAUGGGAGAUCGGGGUUCAAAUCCACACUUAACCAUGAAAUUCACUUGGUACCCUUGGGUCUGCUGGUAUCUCUGAGCUGAGCCUACCUCACAGGUGGUUGCGUGUGUGUAGAACCAUGUAUGCUGCCUUGAGCAUUUAAAUAAUCCUUAUACCCAGUGCUUUUUUUCUAAACAAAUGUUUCGGGGUACUCUCAUUUUCCUACUCAUUUGAAAUACUGCCCCACAAUGAGGCCAGACUUAGAUUCUCAAAAUGUUUAGGGGUAUGCGUACCCCCAGAAAAGAAAAAAAGCACUGCUUACAGCAACACUGAAAGAUAGGUCUGCAUUAUUAUGCAUUAUCAGAUGGGCAGAUAAAGCUAAGAGGGAGAAAAUGUGGGUCUAAGGACACCAAGGCAUAUUCAUGUCAGAGGUAAUACCUGAGCUGGGCAAUUUUAUGAUUCAUCGUAGCUCAGCCUCUUAAGUCUCUGGGCAUUUAUGUGUUACAUUUAUACCCCACCUCUCCUCCAAGGAUCUAAAGGUGGUAUCUAUAGUUCUCCCCCAUCCAUAUUAUCCUGACAACAACCCUGUGAAGGAGACUGCAUGACCCAGUCUCCAGGUCCUAGUCCGAAACACUAACCACUAAACCACGCUGCCUCUCCGCAUGCAUCUCCAGAUAGGGCUGUGAGAGAACUCUAGAAUCAUGGAAUCAUAGCACUGGAAGUGAUCUAACAGGUCAUCCAGUCCACCCCCUGUUUGAAAGCCUGGAGAGCUGCUGCCUGACAGUGUAGGCAAUACUGAGCUAAAUGGACCAAUGGCCUGAACUGUCAUAAGGCAGCUUCGUAAGCGCCUGUGAGAGGCGAUUUCAACUUUGUUCCUCUGCCCUCUUGGCAGGUCUCGGAGGUGGCUUUGGCUACGUUGUGGGAGGAAUCAACUGGGACCAUACUGGCUUCGGCAGGGCGAUAGGGGGCCAGCUCCGGGUCAUUUACAUUUUUACCUCAAUCACGCUGACGCUAGCGACUGCCUUGACUUUGGUCAGUAUUCCUGAAAGGCCCUUGCAGUCUUUCAGCAAGCUGAAGAAGGUGAUGAAGAGCCCUAACUUCCCUCUUCCUCCUUCGCCGCCCCUUCUCUUCGAGGACUGCGGGAGCGAAAACCUCGCGGCCCAGAACCCCGUCCGUUUGUACGCCAGUUUCACGAGCCCCAUUUCCCCACUCAGCCCGCUCACGCCCAAGUACGGCAGCCUCAUCAGCCGGGACAACUCCUUGACGGGGCUGAGUGAAUUCGCCUCAUCUUUCGGGACCUCGAAUAUCGACAGCGUGCUCAUCGACUGCUUCACGGCAGGGCAUGAUGGCUACUUGAGCAUCCCGGCUAGCUUGCCCCGGCAGGGCAUAAGCGUCAGCCUCCCUAGGGCCCCCGAAGGAUUCCACUGCCACGAAAGUGCCGCCUUGGAAGCAGGAGAGAACGUCGGGGUGCUUGGGCCAGAGGGAGACUGCCUGAGGGUGGGUUCCCUGGACGCGAUAAAACCACGGUCGUCGGGAAUCCUGAAAAGACCGCAGACUUUAGCCAUCCCGGAUAUUAUCACAGGGAAUCUCCCCGAGAGCAGUAGGAGAAGGAAUGUAACCUUCAGCCAACAGGUGAGUGGUGAAAAUGAUUAUUUAGUAGUCAAGUUCAGCAAAAGGCCCCUGCAACUUGAAUUAGAAGCUUCCUUCUUGCUGAUUCUGUCUAUAAUGGUUUCCAGAUUGGUUCAGCUGUUUAAUCAACCUCCUCUCUUAUCCUUAAUAAGUUAAAUCCUGCUCCAUAGGGUGGAGCUUUGACCACUGAUUUCCUCCAUUAUUCUUGUUCUCGAGAGGGAACCUGCAAAGAAAUGUUUUGUCCUUGUGGGGAACAGGAACUGACAGUUAUGGGGUAAUAAAGGGGCAAUUCAUCAGUUAACGCUGGCCUGAGCUGCACAGAAAGCCACUGAAAGCCAAAGGUGGAUGGAGGAAGUUUCUAAUUAAGGGUACCGUAUCCCUGAGAAGCUCAACAGCACUUGCCACGCAGACACACUGGGGGCACAAGUGCAUUUUACUGGGGAAACAUCACUGUAAAUCAAAUCUGGAAAAAAGAUGAGCAGAUGAGGAGGAAUAUCUUACUCCGGAGCUAUGCCAGAGACUUUUUGCUCUUCCUGCUUAGCUCCCGUUCCAUGUUGCUUGUAUGUUUUUGAAUGCCGAUCAGGGCAUCCUCUUUGCGGUGCAGGUAGCAAACAUUUUGCUGAACGGGGUCAAGUACGAGAGCGAAUUGAACGGAUCGAGCGAACUGUCUGAGCAGCCACUUUCAAUGAAGCUCCUUUGCUCGACCAUCUGCCGGAUGCCCAAACCCUUGAGGAACCUCUGCAUCAAUCACUUCCUAGGUAAACCUGUGAGUUGUUCCUGCUUUGCCUAUAUUUGCACAUUUGUGGUCCCAAGACUUCACAAUGCCUCCAAAGCAGUGGUUUUGCAGGACCACUUGCUGGUCUUCAACAUUUGCCCAAGAUGAGGUCCCGAUUUUGGCUGACUGCUACCAAACAGAGCUACUGGAUAAAAUGUGUCUGUCUGUAUGUGUUUUUAAACCUAUUACCCGUAGUGGACAAAAUACUUUUUCUGGGCACCUGAAACUGUCAGCACAGGGAUGGGAGGCUCUGUCCAUUUUGAUUCUCUCAGUUCCUUAUUUUUUCCCCAAUCUUAAAUUCAGUUCUCCAGUUUUUGCAGCUAUUUGCAUUCAAAUAAUGAUUUUUUAAAAAAUGGACACAUCUUUAAAUGCACACUUUCCCAUAAUAUGUGCAUGUCUGUAUAUAUUGUUGUGAGAACUGCAAUGCAGAAUGUGGAUAAGUACGAAUUUUGAAGGAUAGUUGUGUUUUGGCUCGCAUAUUAUUUAAGGAAGUGAUAAUUUGGCAGAUCCAUCUUCAAAUGUGUACUGAGCUGAGUUUCUCCUUUAUCUUUUUGUUGGUUUUUAUUUGCAUCCCAUUCAAAUUAUUAUUUGCCACUUUCACAGUUAUUUGUUGGACGCGUGACACUGGCUGUUUUAGUUUAAGCAUGCUGUCUUGAUUGUUCUGGAAAAGCCACUUCCCGGACAGCAUGGAAGAGAGAGGAACACACAAAAGAGCUGAAGGUUAAAAAAAAUCUACAGCCUUUUUGGCUUUGCAAUUUCGAACUAGUGGGGAGAACCUUAGGGAUGCAACCUGGUACCUAAUUCAUAGUAGAGGCUAUAUUAUCAAUCAGCAAAUGUCAACAACAGUGCUAGCAUUGUGGAAUGGGUAAGACUGCAAGUCAAACAGUAGUGGUGCCAUCAGAAAAACUUCAGGGCAGAUGUCAAAGAGCGUCAUGCAGCAGAGGCUGUCUUUCUGCAAGGGUUACUCAAUCAAUUUUUUUAAAAAAUUAUACAAAUCAUUGCUUCUCUAUAUAGCCCCAGGGUUGCCAUGUCCUUGGAAGCAGGCUGCCUUGCAUAACCGCUGCUUGAUUUUCUCGCCUUCCAAACCAUGCCGCCUCCCUCACUGUCUUCCGAUUCCUCCCCCAGGCUGGCUCUCCUUCGAAGGGAUGCUCUUGUUCUAUACUGACUUCAUGGGGGAGGUGGUCUUCCAAGGGGACCCCAAAGCCCCUCACGAUUCUGCAGAGUAUCAGAAGUACAACGCUGGAGUCACCAUGGGCUGCUGGGGCAUGUGUAUCUAUGCGUUCAGCGCCGCCUUCUAUUCAGGUACAAGACCUCUCCGGCCUUUGCCAUGGAGCGCUUUUUUUGCAGGGCACAUGCUGUCUAGUUUUGGACAUCGCCAUGGCUUUGCGUAACAUCUGCGCACAUUCAUGUAUGUGAAUGCAUAAACACAUGGGGCUGAUGCUCCUACUCAAUUUGCCCUUCCCACCCACCCCUGAACCCCCUGCCCACAGCCCCCCUCCCCUUAAGGUAAAGGGACCCCUGACCAUUAGGUCCAGUCGUGACCGACUCUAGGGUUGCAGCGCUCAUCUCGCUUUAUUGGCCAAGGGAGCCGGCGUACAGUUUCAGAGUCAUGUGGCCAGCAUGACUAAGCCGCUUCUGGCAAACCAGAGCAGCACACGGAAACACCGUUUACCUUCCCGCCAGAGCGGUACCUAUUUAUCUACUUACACUUUGACGUGCUUUCGAACUGCUAGGUUGGCAGGAGCAGGGACUGAGCAACGGGAGCUCACCCCGUCACAGGGAUUUGAACUGCCAACCUUCUGAUUGGCAAGUCCUAGGCUCUGUGGUUUAACCCACAGCGCCACCUGCGUCCCUCCCCCUCCCCUUACUCCUUACCAAAGACACUCCGCUGAGCUUAGAAUGAAAGAUGGCCCCAGGCGUGCCUUCCUGGGGAGAGUAUUCGGCAAGCAUCCCCCUUUCUUCUUGCCAAACCUUUGCAACUUGCCCAUGCCACCCUGCCACCUCUCUCUGUGCCCUGCUGCUGCAAGCCCAGCUUUGCCACUCUCCACUUCUGUCAAUAGGCAGGGAGUUCCAAAGGGUGGGUGCUGCCACACCAAAACAAUGAUUUCUUCCACACGAUGGCAGGGCUGGGGGAACUGUGCCCCCCAGAUGUUGCUGGGCUCCAGCUCCAAUCACCCCAUGUUUGAAAGCAACAUCUGUAUUCCCCACUCACUGUUAUGGCAGGCUGCUGUCCAACACGCAUGUAAAUAGCAGCAGUUUUGAAUCGUAGGAUUCGCCGCCUCUCCUGGUAUGCCCCACAGAGGAACCUACGGUCUGCAAAUAAAAACAUCCUGAAGGUCCCAGGCCUCAGAGAGGUUAGGCUGGCCUCAACUAGAGCCAGGGCUUUCUCGGCUGCGGCUCCAAUCUGGUGGAACGCUCUGUCACAAGAGACUAGGGCCCUGCGGGACCUGACAUCUUUCCGCAAGGCCUGCAAGACAGAGUUGUUCCACCAGGCCUUUGGUCAGGGCCCAGCCUGACUCCCUCCUCUGGCAACCUGCACAGAACUUUGCUUAACGGUUGCCAUUGAUUUGAUUUUAAUUAAUUUUUAUAAUGAGAUGUUUUAGAAUGUUGGAUUAUUUGAUUGUUUGAUUAUUUGAUUGUUGUUAGCCGCCCUGAGCCUGGCUUUGGCUGGGGAGGGCGGGAUAUAAAUAAAAUUUAUUAUUAUUAUUAUUAUUAUUAUUAUUAUUAGAGUUGGAAGGGACCCAGAGGAUCACGUAGGCCCUGCAAUGGAAGAAUCUCUAUCAUAUAUGACAGGUGACCAUCCAGCCUCUGUCUUGAGAGCACUGUAGAGGAAAAGCCAAAACAGAUGAAUGUUUAAAGGAGAGGGGAUGUUGGAUAUUGCUGACCAACAACUCCCAUCAUUACUGAACGUUAGUAUUACUGGCUGAGGGUGAUGAAAGUUGGACCCUCACAACUUCUAGUGCGUCUCCCACAUCCCCCUGCCCCCACCCCCCAGCGUUGAAGUUAAAUAAUAAUAAUAAUAAUAAUAAUAAUUUAUUAUUUAUACCCCGCCCAUCUGGUUGGGUUUCCCCAGCCACUCUGGGUGGGCGGCUUCCAACAGAACGCUAAAAUACAAUAACCUGAGUUGCCCCUCGGGCACAGCAAAACGCACCGGAUUUGCUCAAGAGAAUAGUCAACAUCCUUCCUUUUCAUUCCACAGCCUCCCUGGAAAAACUGGAGGAAUAUUUCAGCAUCCGCACGCUGUAUUUUAUAGCCUACCUCGCCUUCGGGCUUGGCACAGGACUGGCGACGCUGUCGCGGAACGUCUAUGUCAUUUUAUCGCUGUGCGUAACUUAUGGCAUUUUGUUUUCGACACUCUGCACGCUUCCGUACUCGCUGCUGUGCGACUACUACCAGAGUAAAAAGGUGAGCCUCGGGUUUGGCAGCCCGCAACAUAUUAUUUUUUUGGGGGGGGGUCCAUCUCACGGGUAUCAAAAAUCUACUUGCCACUGUGGGUCGAGGGACGUAGAGGAAGGAGGGGGAACCUGCGGCCCUCCAAAAUGGCUGGCCUCCCUGCCUUCCGUCCCACCACUCCCAAGGGGUGCCAGAAACCGUUUUCCAACCAGGCUUUUCCCCCCUGUCCCUUGAACAGUUCGCGGGAUCGAAUGAAGAUGGCACCAAAAGAGGCAUGGGGGUGGACAUUUCCCUCCUGAGCUGCCAGUAUUUCCUGGCGCAGAUCCUCGUCUCCAUAGUGAUGGGGCCUUUGACAGCUGCCGUGGGCAGCGCCAACGGGGUGAUGUACUUUUCCAGCGUGGUCUCCUUUGUCGGCUGCCUGUAUUCGUCCCUCUGCGUCGUCUACGAGAUCUCGCCGGGCGAGGAAAUGGCCGAGGAGCAACAGCCGCUGAUUCUGAGCGCGUGAAGCUGGCGCGGGGAGGGGGAUCCCGCGCCGCGGUGCUGUGCGAGAGACAGUGGAGGGGGGGGGACCACGGAGCUGUGCCCUUAAUAAACAAAAACCAC